GUUACGAGAAUAGUUUUUCUUUAAAGUAUUUUGAAAUUGUCAAAUUUCUAAAACCCUUUUUUUUGUUUCGUUGAUUCUAACAUGAAACGGAAGUGAAUUCUUUUGAAUAGUAAAUUUACUGUGAUUUUUGUUUAAAUAAUUGUGUGUAUUAUUAAUCCGUCAGUUAAAAUCAAUUGUUAGGAUAAUUCUUAUUACAAAAAGGGUGUAUAUAUUGAUUUUGUCUUUUCCUUUUCUGUUUUUUUUUUUUUUUUGGGUGAAGAAUAAUUUGUUCAAAGAAGACUCGUGGUUUUAACGAUCGACAUGACACCAACGAAGAUUUGAUUGCAAGAAGCAACAGAGAGGAGAGACCAUCAGGAAUGGUUCUUACAGUAACCGAGGACACACCAGCUGAUAUGCUAGCUGGAAGUAUGGAACUUUUGGUCCAACUUCCACGCGAGCAUCAUCUUCAUACUCAAAGGGUUACCGUACAGAGAAGUACACCAAUGAUGGAUCUUCUCGUGCAAAUAGCAACAGCCCACAAAUUGGCAGCUUCGAAUUACACUUUGCAAGCUAUAGGUGAACGUGGAUUAAUUUUACCUCAUCAACCAAACACACCGAUAGGUGCGCUAGAUGCACUUCAGGUUAAAUUACUUCCGAAGCAAUGUACUUUCGUACCGAAAAAGGUGAAACAUGCGAAUCAACCUUUCGAAACGACGUUCAGAUUGCAGGUACACUUACCAAGAAAUCAAUUGUACGUUUCGAGAGUCAGCCCGAAAAUGAAUCUAGGAGAAAUUCUUAACGAAGUGUGCCGUGAGAAGAAUUUAGACAAACACAAGUACGAGCUACGUCAUCCAGUUAACUUGGAAGAAAUAUUGGAUUUAAAUCUAUCCCUUCAAGACUAUCAUUUACAGGAAGUAACACUUUAUGCAAAACAAGGUAGAACAUUGGGUUCUGCGUUGAGUUCGCAAGACAUCAUGGCAUUGCAAAGACAAGAGGAAAGACGUAGACAACAAGCUAAACAAAGCGUAUUUGGAUUUAUGUUUAAAAAAUCUAAAGAAAGUUCAGUUAGCACUGAUAGUUUAGAAGGUCGAAGUGUGUCACCUGCUAGAAGCGAUGAAACUGGUAGAAGUGCAAGUCCACUUCAACAACCACCAACCAGACCUCAAAGAAAAAGAAGAUUAGCACCUAAACCACCAGCUUCUUCUAAUCAUGAACCCCAACAACAACAACAACAACAACAACAACAACAAGCUAGUACAACUGUUAACAGUAAAAUCACGACUAAUACAAAUACAACAGCUAUGGCAACGUCUACUACUACAACUAGAACGACUAAUGUUGCGGAAUCAUCUAAAGAAAAAAUGUUAAUAGGUCAUAGUAGAAAUAGCAGUGACAGUUCAGGAUACCACGAAGCUUCUGUAUUAAGUGACAAUCCAGAUAUUGCUGGUGGAAGAUUACCAGAAACUUUGCCGAGAAGAAGCAAAGCACCUGGUACCAAUGAAACUCCUAGAAAACUCGUUCAUACAUCCCAGUCGAGUAAAAGUCUUGGUAAUCUUGCAGUAACAGCAUCCGGUACAUCUCUCGAUCGUGCCCUCAGUAGCUCCUCCCUCAGCUCAACAGACUCGAAUUCAAGUUUAAAGAAAAAACGUGCAGCACCACCACCACCAGUUUCAAGGCCACUCUCAUCAGCCAUUUCAACUCAAGCAUUAGAACGCAUUGACGAUUCUGAAGAAUCUUUGACUUCCGAUAUGGAUCCAUCAAAACCACCAUCAGAUAUUGGUGUACCUUCAAAAGCAUCAUCCGAUAUUGGUGUUAGCACUAUCAUCAUUGACAAAUCUGAUCAUUCGGAAAUCAUGAAAAAUGAUCAAAAUUCCAUUAAUGUUAUCGAGGAUUCUGUCAAAGUAGAAAAUGCUAGAGUAGAUGUUAAAAGAGAAAUGGUAUCAACCGAAGAGUUAGCACCCUUGCCCAAACCACGCAACGUUGUAAAACUAGAAGGGAAAAAAUCAACACCUGUAGAUGUACCGCCAAUACCAAAACGUAGAUUUGUGCCACCUGUAGUGCUACCUAGAUCGCUGAGCAAGGAUUUUGUAGAUUCAUCGUCAAUCAUUUCGAAUACGACAAAUAUUUCGGAAAACGUUUAUUGUUCAUCAUCCAUUUCUUCCAAUUCCUCGUCCGGUGGAAUCGAAUUCGAAGCAAAACACUCAAUGGAAAUUUCUCUGUCUCGUGACGAUGAAAUUAAUUCAACUUCAUUGGAAAAUGAUGAUAAACGAACGAAUCUUUUUACAAAACAUGCUAAAAGUAUGAACGAUUUGUACAAUGUUGAUAAUAAAUCAUGUAAGGUUAUAUCAAUGAUACCUAAAUGCAAUCAUUUGAUAAGUUCGAGAAAAAAAUCGUCAAGUUGCAGUAGACUGGUUGAAAAAAAUGAUGAAAAAACAUCGGAAAAGGAUGACAAUGAUUUUGAUGAUUUUUCAAUAACCAAAGAUGAUGAUAAUGAAGAAAUUUUUGAAGACAUUUCUAAAAGUUCGAAAAGACCCAAGGUUUAUCGCAGUCCUUCAGAAGUGAACGAUUUUCAAAUUGACACGUUGAAAAAAAAAAGAAGACAUUUCACUUCGCAAUCGAACGAUUUUAUGUUCGCAUUGAAUUUAAAUCUGAUGUACAAAUCUGAUAAUGAAUUCGACGUAGAGGAGAAUAAUAAAGGGCAGAUGGAAAGGGCUAACGCAGUAGAGGGGAUAUCAGAUGUUGAUAAAAAAUUAUGCGACACCGAUGUAUUGUUGCAUAAAGUAUCGGAAACUUUAUCAUCGUCAUCGUUGACAUCAACUAACGAGGAAGAAACCGAUAACGUUUAUUCGAUGAUUAAUAAAAAAAAGGAUAAAAAUUGUCGAAAAGAAUUACACAAGGAUAAUGAAGAAAUCAAAAAUCAACAGGAUACAUCGGAUUAUGUAUCAGCACUUGAAGAGGAUUCUUCAAUAGUUGAUUGGGAAUAUCAAUUACCUGCACCACCCAGUGCAUUUCGGGAUAACGAUUCCCAAAUUUUUGACGGAUAUGAUACGGUGACCUUGAGAUCGGUUGACGCAUUUAAAGAAACCCUCGUUGAAAAUGAAAAUGAAUCAAUUAAUUCGAAUCGAAUCAGUGAAGUUGAAAAUAAAACUCUGACCAUUGAGAAAAAACAAAAUCAAAAUAAACAAAUGGAAACAACAUUUAAGAACAAAUUGGACAAAAAGUGUAAUAAAAAUGAAAUUAUUUUAGAACUUGAGAAUAAAAUUGAAAAGGGAACAUUGUCAAGAUGUCAUAAAGAAAUUGAUUCGAAGAAAAUUGUUAAUAAUAAUAAUAAUAAUUUAAAACUAACCUCAAAUGUUGCACCGAUUGAUAAUACUUUGUCGAAUUUUACUAUAACCACGUAUACACGUCAAAAAAGUAUAGAUAUAUUUAAAGAUGAGAAGGAUAAUAAUAAUUCAGUAGGCGAUGAGACUAGUCGGAAUAGAAAAAUAGAACCAAAGAUUUGUAAUAACGAUGUAGAAUCUAAAAUCGGUAUUGUUCAACGAUCCAAGAGUCAUGUUUCUACGAUAAGUCAAAAUAAAUUGAAAAGUGAAAUUGAAGAUAAUAAAAUGAUGGAUACUAAAAUAGAAAAAUUGGAUAAUGCAAUAUCGGAAGUUAAUGAUUCCAAACAAAUAGAUAAUACAACAUUACGUACUAACAAUGACAAAUUUUCACAAUGGAGAGAUAAUAUGUUGAAACGACAAGAUGAACCUACCAAAGAAAAACAAUUACAAUCGUUACAGGUAUUGAAAAGCAUUUUACCGCAGUUGACGAAUUCACAACCAGCGGAAGAAAAUGUAACGAAAGAACGGAACGUUGGAUUUAAAGAAAAAAUGAAAAACAGGUACGAAACAGAAUCCAAUGAAAAUUCCGUAACAACGAGCGUGUUUUCGACACCAAGCGAAUCUCACGUAACGGCCCAAGAUGAUAAUAAAAAUAAUACAAUACAAAAAGAUACCAAUACAAAACGUCGUUACGUUUAUAAUGGUCCACCUGCAAUAAGUUUAGGUAGUUGGGCUGAAAGACCAUCCGUCAAGGUACAAAUUAAAACGGAUACCGAUUAUAAAAUUGCCAAUGACAAAUUCAAUAAAAAUAAUACAAAUAACACAAUUGUUCCAAUAAAUAAUAAUAAAGAACAAUCUAAAGAAACAAAUGAUAAACAUGAAAGAAAUGAUGAUCUAACAAAAAAAUUCAUUAACCAUGCAACAGUUUCUGGAUUAAGGAAACUACCAUCAACAAAUAAAAUAAAACACGAGGAAAAACCAAUCGUAACGAGUGUAGAAUUGAAAAAACCAAUGAACCUUGAACAAAAUGUAGAAAUUAGACAUCAUAAAGAUAAUGACAAAGAUAAUAACAAAGAUAAUGAAAAUUUGAUCGAUACAACACCAUUGAAUUUUCAACAACUGACAAAAACAUUUCGUUUGGAUAUCGAUCAAAGGAUAAAACCAUCACAACGAAGUAUUGCAAACAGACAUUCGGAAUAUUAUGGUUCCCAACAAGAAUUAAUACGUAAAAGUAUAGAAACUAAUAAACAAAAUGGUCAUACGAAACUUGAUGAGUUUCCAAUACUGAAAAAAAAUGUUUUCAAGAAUCAUGCAUCAUCGUUGAUUAAUGAAAAUCAUAAUCCUAAUUUUAGUACUACGGAAAAGAAACCAUUUACAACAAUAGUUGGUAUUAAUUCAUACAAUCAUCGUCAACAGGAACAAAGUAUUCAAAAGAACAAUAACAUUUCGUUAAAAAACAAUGUUAACAAUAAUAUCAAAAUUCAUGCAAUGUCUGCACCGGUUGUUAAAGGAUUCAAAGUAUCAUCUACGAUACCAUUUACAGAAUCUAAAGUAAUAAAUAAGGUUGAUAAAUUAAAUCAAAAUAAAGAUGUCGUAGAUGGACAAGAAGCACCCAAAGCACCCACGAUGCCUGUUAUUAUGGGUGUCACGUUAAAAAGUGCUAACGCAAGACCAAAGUCAAUGCCGAUUAACGUAGAUUCUAGAGAUAUGUUGUUGGAGUCUAUUAGAAAUUUUGGGGGUCGUGGACAAUUAAAGAAUACUGCUGAAAGGUAUUAAACAAUAAAUCAACUAACAAUAAUUGUUGACAGUCAUAUUGGUAAGACAUAAACAAGAGUUGAUUGAAAAUAAAUAACAAGAACGUUUUCUUUUCCAUUUUUUUGUUCUUUCUUAUUUUCUAUUUUCUUCUCUUGUCUUAUCUUAUCUUAUCUUAUCUUAUAUAUGUAUGUAUGUAUUGUAUACUACGUAUAAAAACGUACACUUCGGUAGUCAUCGCAGUUAUUUAAAAAUUAAAUUUAAUUAAAAGCGACGAUAUGAAAAAAAGAAAGAAAAAACAAACAAGAAAAAGAAAAAAGAAAGAGACUCCUGAAUAUUAUGAAUUAAAAAUUAUGUAAAUACAUAGUAUUCUAAGUGCGUGUCUCGCGUAUAUAAAAAAUAUAAAUUGUAAGAUUAAUUCUGAAUCAAUCAUCCGAAUGAUCGAACACAUGAAAGAGAGAUAUGUUAUCGUUCGUUUUAAAUUACGAAGAAAAUAUAAACGAUGUUGGUGCUUUUCUCGAUGCUCUUAUUAAAUACGCAGCUAUUGUAAGUAUAAAUCAUAGUAAUAAUACGUGAGAAUUUAUUAUUUUAUUUCAAAAAUGAACCCUUUGCAUUCAAAGCCCUUUUUUCGUUUGCACAAACCCAACAACUCGAUCAAAUUACUCCGAAUACUCCGAUCAAAUUAGGAAAACAUCUGACGUGUACUUUAAACUCAUUUAUAAACAAACGAAUAUAUAAAAAUAAUCAAAUUUCAUCAAUUUAUUUAUUUUUAUAUCUAAUACAACCAAACUUGAGAAAUAUUAUACUCUAUAACUAGUUUUUGUAUGAUAAUUCGUAAAACAAUUACCCAAGAUGCAUCCUACGUGUUUAUCAGGACACGUAUCACAAUAAUUUGUUACUUCCGGCUUAUUUCCAGUUGUAUUAUGAUCAGAGUAAAUCUUACAGUCCCUUUUCAACCCUUUAAGUAUUAUCUUUAAAAGAAAUAUCUCAUCAAACAUCAUAAAUAAGCAGAUUGAGUAACAAAAAACUUAAAAUCAGCCAUCGGGCGUCGUAUCAGCGCCUCUCGACUUUCCACUUGAAUCUGCCGAGCGCCGUAUCAGCGUCUCACUAAUUUAUUUAUUUUUAUAUCAAAAACAAC